AAGAGGACGGACGCCCUUCAGCAGCUGCAUCCGCGGACGUGAGCGCACCGCUGGAGGCAGUCGAGCUGCAGCACCCGGGUCCUGUUUGGAGGAACUCUGGCUGAUGUUAGCGGCGGAGAGGAGGAGGAGGAGGAGGAGGAGGAGAGAGGUGGAGAGAGGGUUGCUGCUGCUGCUGCUUCGCUGCUGGGUGGGCAUCAUGACAUGUGAGCGAAGUCUGCACAGAUACAACAAAUACCCAAAGUAUGUCUGCGGCAUCAUGGGCGGGCCGCUGCUCUGAGGGACUUCACUCAGGUGAAUGAGAGCAGCUGCACAUUUCGUAGAUUGUCUUCUCCACAGUGAGAGUGAGACCGACACGGCAGCUGUGCCUGGCUGCUUCAGUCUGGCUGGCAGGCGUCAAGGUGCAGCAGCAGCAGCAGAGGGAGAGGGAGAGGGAGAGGACAGGAGGAAGAGCCGCUGCUUUUUAAUUAACUAUCCGACACGAGACGCUGGCUGCCGCGCACAAUAACGUGACGGCUUUUUACUGAGUGACCGCAGACGGGAGACACGCGGGAGAGGACACUAUGUCGAGAGGAAAAGGAUCAUCACGAAAGCACAGCGCCUCUCAUUGGUGUCUGCAGAAUAUUGCACAAGAAUCAGUUGAAAGCUCCGAUGAGGAGUUCUUUGAUGCCAGAGCAGAUGUUAUGGAGGGGAAGAGCGCCAUUCUGCUCGGCAUGAGUCAGUGGAACUCAAAUGACCUGGUGGAGCAGAUUGAGACUAUGGGACACAUGGAGGACCAGUCGCACGAGGGUCUCUACCAGCUGGGUGGUCCACGCUGUGCCCCUCAAAGCAGCCUCGAAGGACUGGAGGACAUAGAGAUGAAGUGUAAGACGCAUGUGCUGCUGCUGGUGGUGCACGGGGGAAACAUCUUGGACACAGCGGGCGGAGAUCCAAGCGCGAAGGCUGGCGACGUGGCCACCCUGGCCUCGGUGCUGGAGAAGGUGACGCGGGCGCAUUUCCAAGCCGUCGCCGAACACGUGAAGAUCAAGCUGGUGCCGUGUCCAGCUGUGUGCGCCGAGGCCUUCUCUCUGGUGUCCAAUCUGAACCCGUAUAGCUAUGACGAGAGCUGCGUGUCCAGCAGCGUGGACCACCUACCCCUGGCCGCUCUCCCCCUCCUCGCUAUCGUCUCGCCUCGCUACCAGGACGCCGUGGCCACCGUGAUCGCCCGAGCCAACCUGGUCUACCGCAGCUUCCUGCAGUCAGAGGACGGCCAGGGAUUCACCGGUCAGGUAUGUCUGAUGGGCGACUGCGUGGGAGGUGUGCUGUGCUUCGACGCUUUGUGCUUUAGCAACCACCAGAGGCCUGGCAGCCCCAACGACAGCAGCAGGAACAACAGCACUGAGAGCCUGAAGGAUAACUCGGGCCUACUCGGGGAGUCCAGUCCGGAUCUGAGUUCCAGCAAGAGGCUCAGUAAGAGUAACAUCGACAUAUCCGCCCCCAACGAAGGGCACGGCCAGAGCGGGCCGCCGCUCAGCCGUAAGCAGAGCGACUCGUACGAUGGAGACACGUCCACGAGCCAGCACAGCUUUUUUUCCAGUUUGAUGAAGGAGAGUGUGGAGGUGCGCGGCGGCAGCAGCACCAGUCUGGUGUUGAAUCCCGGUCGAUUCGACUUUGAGGUGUCAGACUGCUUCCUGCUGGGCUGCCCUUUGGGCCUUGUGCUGGCCAUGAGACGCACUGUGCUGCCUGCCGUCCAGGUGAGCCAGCUGCAUCCAGCCUGCACUCAGAUUUUCAACCUGUUCUACCCUUCGGACCCUUCAGCCUCCAGACUGGAGCCGCUGCUGCAGCCUCUCUUCCACAAGUUGCCACCGUAUGCUGUGCCGCGCUACCAGCGCUACCCUCUGGGAGACGGACGCUCCAUGCUCAUAGCGGAGAGUAUCCAAGGUCACUCAAAUGUGUUUUUGGAAGGAGAGCAAACCCCUCUAGGUUCAGCUUCGCAGACGUCCUCUGAGACAAAGACUGAAGGAGGAGGAGGAGGAGGAGGAGGAGGAGGAGAAGAGGGAGGUCGUAGAGCCAGCGUGACCAGUGUGGAAAGUGAAAUGUCGAUUUGCUCCAUGGGCCAGCUGGGAAACACUAUCGCUAACAUUUCCAGUAGCUGGUGGGGCUCAAAGAGGCUGGAUUAUGCUUUGUACUGCCCUGAUGUGCUGACCGCCUUCCCAACAGUGGCUCUGCCUCACCUUUUCCACGCCUCCUACUGGGAGUCCACUGACGUAGCAGCCUUUGUUCUCCGGCAGCUCAUGAGAUGUGACUGUGUGAAGACCCAGGAAACGGACAAUCUGGGCUCUGCUGCGUUCUCUCCCUCCAGCCCGCGGGAAAAAUGGCUCAGAAGGAGGACACACGUCAAACUAAGGAACGUCACUGCCAACCACAGGGUGAAUGAUGUCAUUGCCACCGAGGACGGGCCUCAGACUCUGGUCGGUCGCUUCAUGUACGGCCCCUUGGACAUGGUCACUCUGACUGGAGAAAAGGUGGACGUCCUGCUGAUGACGCAACCUCAGUCCGGCCGCUGGGUGAACUUUGACACGGAGGUGGCCAACAGCAGCGGCAGAGUCAUAUAUACCAUACCCAAGAGCAAGAAGCUCGGCCAGGGAGUCUAUCCAAUUAAAAUGGUGGUCAAGGGCGAUCAGACCAGUGCAGAGGGCUACCUGACUGUGUUGCCACGGGGCAUGGAGUGUGUGGUCUUCAGCAUCGAUGGCUCUUUUGCUGCCAGCGUGUCAAUCAUGGGCAGUGACCCCAAGGUCCGCCCCGGAGCUGUCGAUGUCGUCAGGCAUUGGCAGGACCUGGGAUACCUCAUCAUUUACAUCACAGGCCGCCCUGAUAUGCAGAAGCAGCGCGUGGUGUCCUGGCUCUCGCAGCACAAUUUCCCCCACGGGAUGAUCUUCUUUUCUGAAGGCCUGGUUCACGAUCCCCUGCGACAAAAGACCAUCUUCCUCAGGAACCUCAUACAGGAGUGUCACAUUAAGAUCAACUCUGCUUAUGGCUCCAUGAAGGACAUCUCUGUUUACAACAUGCUCGGCCUCUGCCCCUCGCAGAUUUACAUCGUUGGCAGGCCUUCGAAGAAGUACCAAAAUCAGUGCCAGUUCCUGAGCGAGGGCUACGCAGCUCACCUCUCCACCCUUCAGUUUGGCCACAGAGCGAGACCCAAGAAAUCCUCUUCAGUUCGUAUGGUACUGAGGAAGGGCUCAUUUGGUCUCUCAGCCAAGCCUGACUUCCUGUGUAAGCGCACCCACCUGCGCAGGACCAUGUCGGUGCAACAGCCCGACCCGCCCUGCACGCCCAACCCCAAGCCUGAGCGAGCCCAGAGCCAGCCGGAGUCAGAUAAGGACCACGGGGGAGGAGGGGGAGGAGGUGGAGGAGGCGGAGGCGGACAAGGCGCAUGGGGAAGGCCCUCCAUACUCCGUGGAGACACCACUCCCUGACGUCAAAAAAAAGAUGGAAGGAUUGCAGGAGGACAGAAGAGGAGAACAAAGGGGUCUUAGUGUCCAGGGCCAAGUGUCACCUCUACCAACUGUACAUGCACAUUGGAUCCUCCGCCGGUAUCCCUCGCAGCUCAGCUUUACCUCCUGCUUGGCCCUCUACACUUUGCCACCUUUUUUUCGUGACCUGCUCGGUGGAUUACGUCACUUAGUCUCUGUGCCUGGGAUUUUAAGCGGUUGCUUAAAAAAACGGGGGAUGGCAAUGAUUUUUGGCGAAUGUUUGUGUCCAUCUAAAAUUGUGUCUAAUUGUAAAAUCAAAAAGAAUGUACUUUCAGAUAGUAGAUAUAUACGCAUAUUCAUGCACACACACACGCUUCAGAGGAUGACAAAUGUGACGGCGGCGGUGACUUUGAACCUGUCGAGACCUUGCGACAGAUUACCAGAUGCAAUCAGACUGCUGUGCUGACAGGCGGUCAUGUCCACUGACUCCUGCGCUGAUGUAAAUACUCAACACACGUCGUCCCCCGUGUGGGCCCUCUGGACACAGAAGCACUGUGACAUUUAAGUUCCAGCCGAACGCCGGCCUCUGCUUCCAUUUCACUCCCACUGUUAGAUGUCUCCCUUUGCGUCGUGGCUGGCUUAUUACUACACCCCCUCCUCCCGCCCCCUCAACCAGUCUGGCAGAACAGGCCUCUGGACAGACCGGCUCCACAGCCGCCGAAGCACGGCUCGGCCCCCGAGGUCGCACUUGCACUAUCGAAGUACGCCGCACUGGUUCAGCUGCGGUACUCGCUUCAGAAACAAAGAGUUGUAUUUUAUUGUAUUUGUAGUUUUUCUUUUUUUUUUUCCUGCAGAUUGUGCCCUGUCGCUGCCUGUUGACUCCUGGAAGAUUAAACACAAACAGCUUGUAGGAAAGUGUUGGUUUGACCAAAAAAAAUGUUUACAGAUUGAUAGACACAGAUGUAAAAAGUGAUCCGAGCCUGUUUAUCUACGUAAUUAAAAUGUAAUUAUCAUCAUUGGCAACAUUAGUGUAGUUGCAGUAGCUUGCAGGAUAUUGUACAAUACGCCCCCAUGGCAGUUGAAAUCCCACCAGGAUGCCCUUGCGUCCACAGCUGAUAGAUUUGAAAUCUGAUGCUAUCCUGUGCACUCGGGGUUAGAAUUUGAGUCUUAUUGUGUCCAUGUUUAAAACUCUGUGCAAGUCAGACAUAUUUUUCUAUGAGGAAAUAUUGUAAAUAGAAAUAUUUUCAAUGUAUGUUUUUGAACCUUUUUGUUGGUUUGACUCGUCGAAUGGUUGAUUUUUUUUGCCUUAAAUUGUAUUUGAUGUUGUGUAGAGAUACAAAUUGAUUUGUUCGACCAAAAUAUUGAGUUUUACUGUCAUGACAAAGUGUAUUUUAACUAGUUGAUAUUUUUGCUUUGACAUGUUUUAGAUACUGUAUAUAUUUGUGUGCGUGUGUGAGUGAGUGUCUAGGUAUAUUUGUUGUAGAGUUGUAUUUACUGUGAACACGAAGACAGCUGCCUCUGACAAGUACAGAGGCAGAUGGAGCCCAGUGUUAACAUACCUGCAUGUUCUCACUACGGACGGCUUUCCGUGUGUAUCUUAUAGGUUUGGAUUGAAGCGGUGUGUCAGAGGAUUACUUAGCCGCUUGCUAUGAAUGAAGAAAGGCUUACUGAGUUCUUCUAGUGUCUUGGUUCAACUGAAAACCUGCAUAGCAGAGUGGAACGUGUCAGCCGGGAGGGUGCUGUCUUGUCUUUUUCUUUCGCCGCCUGUACACCAUAGGUGGUCCAGUAAUUAGCUAUUUGAUUACUUCUAAGUAUGUAUGACUCCCUGUAGUGCCGCCCCUGUAAUUGCAGUGCACCGAUUAGCAUUACUUGGUAAUUGUAUGAUAUUGUAGAAACAAUACUGAAAUGCUUAACUCCCAUUUCGUUUUGCAUUAAGAUAUAAUACAACGAAAUGAUCAUUCCCAUCAAUGUAUACAAAAUAAUCAAGUCUGUAUAACACAUAGUGAUAUUUUUUUUUGCCAUGAGGAGUGGAAUACUCAAAUGCUGGGCAGCAUUUUAGUACAACAAUGUUAGUAAAUGGCAAAUAAUGAUCUAAUGGUUAAAUGGUGAUUGUUCUGUGCAUGUUAAUUAUUUGAUAUUGUUAAGUAAUAGUCAUGUUUGUAGUGCUCUUAACUAAUAAUAGAGUAGUCAUUUGUAAAUAAGGGGUGAGUAAUAAUUCAUGGAUAUUAAUACAACUGCCACAUGUUGAGUAAAAUGCAAUUCAGUACUUGAAGUUGUGAUAAAUAAUUGAGUUUUUAAUGGUAAAAUAAUGUAAAUUAGGCAGGGCAUUGUUAUUAAUGUGUUACUUUUACCUAAGACGUUCACACGUUUAAUGGAAACUGACAAAUCAUAUAAAUUCCAGUUUCAUCUUAUUCUCAUUCGUACAUACUGAAGGCAAAGAAAAAGAAAAGAACAAUAUUAUACAAUAUAAAAUUAUUGUAUUUAUUGAGAGAUUUAAGUGUUGCACAAUUAUUGUCUUCAAAUUAAUAUAAUUAACCACUAAGUACUAAUUAAUGUUGUCAAAUGAUUAGUAUUCACCAAAUCAUGACUUAACUAUUGGGUAUUGAUCUAAUUUGCCAUUUAUUAACAAUUCGUAUGACUUUAUAAAGUAAGCUUUAUUAAGUUAACUAACAUGGUGUGACAGCCUCUUUUGAACAAAAGAAAAUAUAUAGUUUUUAUUUAUUUUUGUGGUCUUAUUUUUGGUCUUAUGCGUAUGUGAUGGCCUUUUGACCAAUGAGGACAAAACACCUGGUUUCACUGCUGCAACGUUUAUUGUUUUGUACAGAUCUCCUGUGAUGAUGAACAUGUUAUUGUGUUUAUUGGACUCUUUCAUUAUUGCAUAAAUAAAGAUAUUUCACAGUUGAAUGAUUUA